AUGACAGAUACGGCGUGGUGGGACACUUCAACAGCAUGUUAUCACGAGCCAAUAGUGCACGAUCAUGAACUCUACUUUCAGUUGAGUACCAUCAACAUAUAUAUUUUACUUCCAUUAGCCGUCUUAGGACUUUUCUUUAAUGCUUCGGCGUUGGUGAGUACUGUAACUUUUUUUAGAUAAGGUUUUUGAUAGUGUAGGGUACUGUAAAUAAUUUUUUUUGUACUGUAGACAAAGACGUCGUUAAGGGAGAAGAGAGGGGAAGAGAGGGUGAACGGGGAUGAUUCCACUGAAAUGUAUUGUAUAACGCAACAUUUUUGUUACUUUAGGGUACUGUAAAUAAAAUUGUUUUCUACUGUAAACAGAGACGUCGUUAGGGGGAAUAGAGAAGGACAUGGAAGGUAAAUAAGAGUGGAUUUACUGUAGUUGGCUGUAUAUAAGCUUUUUGUUACUGUAACAUCCUUUAACCGUAGAUUUCCAAAAACUUUUAACUUUUGUCAUAAUGAUGUUACAGUACCCUUUAAUUCCAGAUAUGUCUGUACAGUCCGCCCAAGAUCACUUCGGGUGUAUUUAUUUAUUUGAAAGCACUUUUGAUCCUCGACCAUUGCCAUAUUAUAAUAACGUCGGCGACCAUAUUGUUGCCACAAUUGUGUGAUAAGCAUCAUUCCAAGGAGCAUCUCUUUUAUCAGUAGGUUUUGGUGUCAUUUAUUUUGCAUCAAAAUUGUAACGCGCCGUUUUUUUCGCAUCAAUUUAAAUAUGCGCCAUUCUUUUUGCAUCAGCUUCAAAAUUCUCCAUUUUGUGUACCAAUUAUAAAAUGCGCCAUUCUUUUUGCAUCAGUUUCAAAAUGUUCCGUUUUUUGUACCAACUAUAAAAUGCGUCAUUCUUUUUGCAUCAAACUUGUAUUGCGCCAUUCUUUUUGUAUCAAUUUAAAUAUGCACCAUUCUUUUUGCAUCAAUUUUAAAAUUAAAAAAUGCCAUUUUAGAUAUUGCAUGGUAGAACGUCGUUUCCUAAAAUACACAUUACCACGCCUAGAAAGCACGGUAAAUUUGCUACACGUGUGGACGAUAGCUUCAUUAUCAAUCCACCGCUAUUGGAAGAUCUCUCGACCGGUCGUUUCCCGGUUCAAAGACACCGCAUCUCGCGCUCGAACUGUGUUACUAAUAAUGUUUACUGUAAUCAUCGCUUUUCGAUUACCUAUCUUUUUUUUUGAAUUAGAAUUUAAAUUUAAACCAUUCCCAAGGAUUUUGAGGCGACCUGAGACUACUGAGGUAAGGAGUUUAUAUAAAAAGUAUAUUGUUGUAGGUUUAUCAAAGAAAGUGUUUCGCAACCUAUAUCAACUAAAAUAUAAAAGUUUCAGCUCCUAUCUCCAUACCGAGUAGUCUACCACACCUUCCUGGACCCAAUCCUAUCCAACUUUGUACCAUUCGUUUGGAUGUGUGUCUUCUCGAUAUUAACCUUGAUCGAGAUAGCCAAAAGUCGUCAGUUUGGCUACGCACAGUUCAAUCCCGAAAGCUUUGCCGUUUCCAAUGCGAUGGGAUUCAAACGCAACUCUUAUGGUAGUCGAUCGACCGGUCGGAAUUCGACUGACAUUGUCGCUAAACCAAAGGCGUCGCUGACCUUUACUCAGCCAUUAACGUAUCUUCGGAAGCGAGCCGACAGUAUACGACAGAAACAAGAGUUUCGGGCUACUGUAUCAAUCAUUGUGAUUAUUAUACUGUAUUUAUUGUUACAUUCACUACAAGUUUAUAAUGUGAUACGGAAAUGGCAGUUGAUUUUGAUGGAGGAGUGUCCUACGAGGUAAAAUACGAAAGCUGUGUUAAACAUAAAAAUUGGAAAAAUAUAAUUUUUACAGAUACUGUAGCUUAAAAAAUAGUACAGUACUUUUCAAAAACAGUUUUCAAUUUUUGGUAUUUACAGUACUGUAAUUGCUAGAUUACGUAGUACAGUAGCUUCUUAAAAGCACUUUACAUUCAUAUCCUACUGUAAAUUGCCAAGAGCAUAAUAUUGUAACACUUCAAAAAUAUCAUACUGUAACAAAAUAACCAUAAAAUUCCAGAACCGACUACAUCCAAUCUCACAUUUCCACCGUACUAUCAAUGUUGUCGGCGACAGUAAACGCGUUUGUGUUUAUUGCCUUCACCAACCGCCUUCGGCAUUAUGUUCAAAUGUUAAUUCGAAAAACCUCGCGAUCUUUCUCCAGUUCCAGUGAGCCUCCACUCUCACCCAGAACCACAAUCUCUACUGAUCCCAUGAUUGUUUAA